UAGGAACGACAAAGAAAAUUCGUGUUACAAUGAUCACUCAGAGUGAAUGAUGUUGAUAUAGAGCCUUAAGCAAUUUUCAUUUGAAAGGAUUCUUUAAUUUUAAUGAAACACGUAGCAACCCCACUAGAAGCAGCGUUUUGAAUCAGCAAAAUGGUAGCUGCGGUGGUCGUUUUCCUGGCAAUUUGCUUAUUACAGCCCAAUCAAGUUUCCUCAUUUGGCAGUUGUGGACAAAGAAGUCCGUCGUCUCGCGUUGUUGGAGGAUCACAAGCCCAACAGGGUUCCUGGCCCUGGCAAAUAGAACUCCUGAUUUCGCGAUCACCUGACUUGAAAUCAUUCGUUCAUCGUUGCGGAGGCACCUUGAUUGAUCUUCAGUGGGUGGUGACAGCUGCUCAUUGUGUGUUCAUGUUCCCAACCCCAGAACAUUAUAAAGUUGUCGUAGGACAGAUACAUCGGGCUGAAGUGAAAGAGCCCGAGAACAGAUACAUCUACAAUGUUACAAGCGUAAGGAUCCACGAAGAAUAUAUGACUCGUGGCUACGGUUUUGAUGUUGCGUUGGUAAAGCUAGCAAGACCAGUCAUGUUAGAGGCUGGUAAAGUCUGGCCAGCAUGCCUUCCUGAACAAGGAAACCGGGUGUCGAUUGGAGAAUUAUGUUACAUCACUGGCUGGGGAAAAACAUCGUCAAACUUGACCUCUUACUUCUCGAAAGUUCUUCGAGAAGCCAAGAUGCCAGUUGUAGAUUACCAGACCUGUGCAGAUGGAAAUGCCAUUUUACCUUACGCCCAAGUGGACGAUGACACCAUGCUGUGUGCUGGUUACGGUGGAAGUAGCGUGAUCAGUGGUUGCCAUGGUGAUAGUGGGGGACCUUUCGUCUGUCAGGAGAACAGACGUUGGGUUUUAAGAGGAGCUGUAAGCUGGGGAGACGAUCGGUGUAGAGGUGGUUCGACAUUCUCUGUUUUUGCACGAAUCAGCUCAUUUGUGGAUUGGAUCUCCGCCACUAAAGAGAAACCAGAGCAAAGCAUUGCCAUAGGCGAGUCUUGCAGGGAUGACUUACCGCAUUGUAAGAAGUGGUCCCUGGCCAAGUUUUGUGGAAACCUAUGGUAUGGGAACUACAUGAAGUUAUUCUGUCGCAAGAGCUGCGAACAUUGUACCGACUGAACCUUCAGCUCUCGCAAAGGUUGUAAACAUGGAAACGCAGAUAUAUUGUGAGAGGCAACUACUUUUAAUAACGGUUCAUCUAGUUAAGUGCAAUGUAAAACACAUGAAAACGGAAAAUUGCAAUGAAGUGACGAAAAAUCAUCAGCUCCUACGUCCGGCUACUGACUCUCUUUGUCCAGCCCCUCAGAACUGAAAAUAAAAUUAAAAAAUUGAGCUUGAUCUGUA